UUUUUAAUGGCCACGAAUAUACAAAUGUCGAGUUUUCGCGGCGUCCCGCCAGUCACAUUCGAGACAACGCACGAGUAGUCGCGUCGCGCAUGCGAAAAAAUAUUCCGCGCCAAAAUUCAAAAGUGUUCUACAAACUUGUGUUCCCUUCAUUUUUUUUAAUUUAAAGUUCAAAUAUGCCUAAAAAGAAAUAGUUCGGUUGCAGUAUAUAACGUGGUAUUUAUUUGGAUUUUCGUGCGAGGACACGCGGCCAACAGGUGACAUUGCGCUCGUUUAAUUGGUGACGUUUUGGUUAAUAAGUCUGUGAUAUUGUGACAUUUUGCCAGUGCGCUGUAACUCUACAUUUUGUUAGUUUCGUGAAAUAUUCGCGAAACGCUGCCUAAAACGUUCUUUAUGAUAGGACCGUAUAUGAAGUGUCAACAUUUCUACCCCAAACAUUAUGAUUUACAAAUGGAUAUUAUGAUAAGAGUGAAGUGCUGUCAAGAAACUAAAAAUCCCAAGUGACGAAGUGCCGUGGUGUCCGUUCAGCUGCGUUCCGUGUUCCAUUCAUGAUGUCAGACAAGACCUCGUCUUCCGUCGGUCCCAGGAGCUUCGAGACGAUUUCGGAGGAGGACGGGGAUUCGAUUUUCGAAAAGCUGAUAGAUACGAAAGCCGUGCCGACGAUAAUCAAGACGGAGGUUCCUCAGCAGUUGGCGCUCGAGGAGAGCAAGCUGUCGCGCUCCAAGAGCCUGAACCAGCGGAGGAACAGCAGUGGUCUGCUUAGCACCUUCAAUCGUCAGCUGCGGCAGUCGCUUCGCGGCGUUCGCAGCGAGCCCUCCAGUGUGAAAGAUGCUCCCACAUCCAGAAACGAUAGUGCCCUCAACCUUCUCUAUAGAUACCGUCAGGCCCGCUACGCAGCCCGACGCAUGCGAAAGCGUGUCAUCUUCAAGCACGGAGACUGUAACGUUGUCCAAUGGAACGUGGCGAAACGCCGGCGCCGUUACCUUCAAGACAUCUUCACAACCCUCGUGGACGCGCAGUGGCGCUGGACGCUGAUGGUCUUCGCCCUCUCCUUCAUCCUCUCCUGGCUCCUGUUCGCGCUAAUAUGGUGGCUCAUCAUCUUCACGCAUGGCGACUUAACGCCCCCCACCAAUUCCUCCGAGCCCUUUGUCCCCUGUCUCAACAACGUCAACUCCUUCACCGGCUGCUUCCUCUUCUCCGUGGAAACCCAGCACACCAUCGGCUACGGCUCUCGGACCACAAACGAGGAGUGCCCCGAGGCGAUCUUCGUCAUGUGUCUCCAGAGUAUUGUAGGCGUCUUCAUCCAAGCUUUUAUGGUGGGAAUCGUAUUUGCCAAACUUUCUAGACCAAAAAAACGAGCCCAGACGCUAUUGUACUCAAGGCACGCGGUCAUUUGCCUGCGCGAUGGCCAGCUAUGCCUGAUGUUCAGAGUGGGUGAUAUGAGAAAAUCACAUAUAGUAGAGGCACAUAUAAGAGCACAGAUUAUCCGCCGCAAGGUGACUCGGGAGAACGAGACUCUACCAUUCUACCAGCAAGAGCUAAAGGUUGGGGCUGAUGGGGAAGAGGAUAGACUGAUGUUCAUUUGGCCAAUGACGAUCGUGCACAAAAUCAACGAGAACUCCCCGCUGUAUAAUCUGUCCGCUUCAGAUAUGUUGAAGGAGAAGUUUGAAAUUGUCGUUAUGUUGGAGGGUGUUAUUGAAUCUACGGGUAUGACGACCCAGGCCCGCAGCAGUUACCUACCGUCGGAAAUUCUUUGGGGACACCGCUUCGAAACCAUGGUGUCAUUCAGAAAAGAGACCGGGGAAUAUGAGGUGGACUACACGAGAUUCAACAACACGUAUGAAGUGGAUACCCCGCUGUGUUCCGCUAAACAGCUGGACGAGUUGAGAGCCACUGUCUCCACCUCACAAAAAUUAGAUCGUAUGCUAGGAACCAUACCAAAAAGCCUAUCCAAUGACACGCUAGACAUGAGUUCGGUAGACUCCAUGUCGCUAGAUGAGCACAUAGAAAUUAAGAUACCAGAGUCCAGAGCUAGAGAAAACCGGUUAAUGGCCCAAACAAACUUCGUACAGCAUAUUAACGAGAAAGUCAGGAACCCUAGCCAAAUGUACUUAGCGGUGGACAAAGGGGAACUACCUAAAAACAACACAUCGCUCUGUCUCGCCGAAAAGCAUGACGCUAGAGAGGGACACGGACAUAUUCAUAGAAGUCACAGCCAUGCCAGCAUGAAGAGGGUCCACGGGCUGACACCCAACGGCGUCGGCCACAUGAACGGCCACCAUGACCACCAUAAAGUACAAAAUCAUAUUAAAAAGUCCCCCAGCGAUCUGCAGCUGAUCGAGAAGCCGGUUAUCCCGAUCCUGGUAACAUCCCCCGAGGAGCCCGCCUGACAGCCGCUGCGACGACUCAACCCGCCGCCGCCGGCGCGAAUUAACAAGACCACGCACGUCAGGUUCACGGGCAUUGAGAAUGUCGUCGAAGUAGAUCGUUUGCAAAUACCGAUGCUGUGAUGUGCUACACGAUUUGAAUAAUUUCGAAUGUUAAAAGUUUAAAAAAGGAAUGUGUCAAGUAAAUUGUUUUUUUU